UGCUGCGGGGGUCUAUCCUGUCCGUAGGAGCUGGGCCAUGGCAGCAGCCGGCGCCCCGUCGGGCGGAGGGGCUGGGAGCUCCAAGGUGGCGCCCAGCGUGGAUUUCGAUCACAGCUGCUCCGACAGCGUGGAGUACCUGACCCUCAACUUCGGGCCUUUCGAGACAGUGCAUCGGUGGCGCCGCCUGCCGCCCUGUGACGAGUUCGUAGGGGCCAGGCGCAGCAAACACACCGUGGUUGCCUAUCGGGAUGCCAUCUACGUGUUUGGUGGUGACAAUGGAAAAACAAUGCUGAAUGACCUAUUGAGAUUUGACGUAAAGGAUUGCUCUUGGUGCAGGGCUUUUACCACAGGGACCCCUCCAGCGCCCCGGUAUCAUCAUUCAGCAGUAGUCUAUGGGAGCAGCAUGUUUGUGUUUGGUGGCUACACUGGAGAUAUAUAUUCCAAUUCCAAUUUGAAGAAUAAAAAUGAUCUCUUUGAGUAUAAGUUUGCAACUGGCCAGUGGACAGAGUGGAAGACCGAAGGAAGAUUACCAGUUGCAAGGUCAGCUCAUGGUGCAACAGUGUAUAGUGACAAACUGUGGAUCUUUGCAGGAUAUGAUGGAAAUGCACGGUUAAAUGAUAUGUGGACGAUUGGCCUACAGGACAGAGAGCUAACAUGCUGGGAAGAGAUUGAACAGAGUGGUGAGAUCCCUCCUUCCUGCUGUAAUUUUCCUGUGGCUGUUUGCAAAGACAAGAUGUUUGUGUUUUCUGGCCAGAGUGGAGCAAAGAUCACCAAUAAUCUCUUUCAGUUUGAAUUCAAGGAAAAAAUUUGGACACGAAUUCCUACUGAACACUUACUUCGGGGCUCCCCUCCUCCUCCACAGCGAAGAUAUGGUCACACCAUGGUUGCCUUUGAUCGCCACCUCUAUGUGUUUGGUGGUGCUGCAGAUAACACAUUGCCAAAUGAACUACACUGCUAUGAUGUGGACUCUCAGACCUGGGAAGUUAUCCAGCCUAGUCCAGAUAGUGAGGUGGCCCAUCCAGAAGUUGCUGAGAGGGUAGCUGCCCCAGAAGAAGCUCCUUCCUUCUCCUCAGAAGAACGUGGUUUAAAAAAAUCUCGAGAUGUAUUUGGUUUAGAUUUCGGCAUAACAACAGUUAAACAACAGCCCACAGCAGACUCUGAGCUGCCAAGUGGGAGACUCUUCCAUGCUGCAGCUGUCAUCUCAGAUGCCAUGUACAUCUUUGGUGGGACAGUGGACAAUAACAUUAGAAGUGGAGAAAUGUACAGAUUCCAGUUUUCUUGUUACCCAAAAUGCACUUUACAUGAAGAUUAUGGAAGACUGUGGGAAAACAGGCAGUUCAGCGACUUGGAGUUUGUUCUGGGAGAGAAGGAAGACCGAGUCCGGGGACAUGCAGCCAUUGUCACAGCUCGCUGUAAGUGGCUAAGGAAGAAAAUUAUACAGGCAAGGGAGAGAUUGAAACAGAAAUCUAAGCAAGAGAUUGAAGAAGAGGGACAAGCACUGUCCCAGAACGAGGGGAUUUGUGGCAAUGUCAAGCUGUGCUGCCUGCAACCCCUGCUGGAAGUGACAAUCCGAGAAGCUGAAGCUCAGCCCUUUGAGGUGCUCAUGCAGUUCCUGUACACGGAUAAAAUAAAAUACCCACGCAAAGGUCAUGUGCAGGAUGUACUACUUAUCAUGGACGUGUACAAACUAGCCCUGAAUUUCAAGCUCUCGCGACUGGAACAGCUCUGCCUCCAGUAUAUUGAAGCAUCUGUAGAUCUACAGAAUGUGCUCAUUGUGUGUGAAAAUGCUAACAAGCUUCAACUGGAUCAACUAAAGGAACACUGCCUGAACUUUGUGGUUAAAGAGUCACAUUUUAAUCAGGUAAUAAUGAUGAAAGAAUUUGAGCAUCUUUCCUCAUCCCUGAUAGUGGAGAUAGUACGAAGAAAACAGCAGCCUCCUGUUCGAACACAUUCUGAUCAGCCUCUGGAUAUUGGAACAUCUUUGAUUCAGGAUAUGAAGGCUUAUCUAGAAGGAGCUGGGAUCGAGUUUUGUGAUAUCAUCCUCCUGUUAGAUGGCCACCCAAGACCAGCACAUAAGGCAAUUCUGGCAGCCCGCUCCAGUUACUUUGAAGCCAUGUUCCGUUCCUUCAUGCCAGAAGAUGGACAAGUAAAUAUUUCUAUAGGUGAAAUGGUUCCCAGUAAACAAGCAUUUGAGUCUAUGCUGAGAUACAUUUACUAUGGUGAAGUGAACAUGCCUCCUGAAGAUUCCCUCUACCUCUUCGCUGCUCCUUAUUAUUAUGGUUUCUACAACAACAGACUUCAAGCAUACUGCAAGCAGAACCUGGAAAUGAAUGUUACAGUGGAAAAUGUGCUCCAGAUUUUAGAGGCAGCUGACAAGACACAAGCUCUGGACAUGAAGAAGCACUGCCUACAUAUCAUUGUUCACCAAUUCACCAAGGUCUCCAAGUUGCCAAACCUGCGAUCCCUCAGUCAGCCGCUCCUUCUUGACAUCAUAGAAUCAUUAGCCAAUCACAUAUCAGACAAGCAAUGUGCAGAGCUGGGUUCAGACAUAUAAAACACUUCCAGACCUCUUUCAUUUGUUCCUCAAAGGGCUGCACUUUACAGCUGAAACCCUCUAUACCGAGCUGCUCAGAAUAUCAACACAAUAAAGCAGAAGACCUGUGAAGAGCAUGAAAAUCUGAACUAUUGCUCUCUUGUGGAUCUGCGUGGCUUACAUCUGUGUAUUUGGGGCAGAAACUGGUCUCAGCCAUACCAACGUAAAAUUGAAAUAACUGGGGGCAAUGAGUUUAUUCCAGAUUUACCUUAGUGUAACUGAGUUCAGAAUCUGGCCUAUUGCUUUUCUUUUGUAAAAUACAAACAGUAAUGGAUAAAAGGAUCAUUAAUAUUAUGAAACACAACAUUUAGUGAAACCUAUUUAAAGGGCUUUAUCAUUGUAACAAGAUCCAGUGGCUGGAAGUUGAAGUCAGCAAUAAUUAAAUUGGAAAUAAAAUGCACAAUUUUAACAGUUAAUUGAUAAUUGGCCCAGAAUACAAAGGCUUUCUAUAGAUUCUCCAUCACUUGGAAUCUUUAAAUGUACAUUGGGUGUCUUUCUAAAAGAUAAGCUUUUAUUCAACCACCUUAUUGGGCUGGAUACCGGAAGCGUGAAAUUCUCGGGCCAGUGUUUUGCAGGAGGCCAGACUAAGAUAAUCGUAAUGGCCCCUUCUGACUUUUAAAAUCUAUUAACCCUAUCCAGUCAAGCCUUUCUGAAAUAAUGUAUUAGUAAAUAGCUACACUCUUCUGCCUGCGUGGCAGGAAUCACUUUGUUUUAGCUUGAGGGAAAUGAAGCAAAAGGAAGCACUGGAACAGGGGUGUCCAACCUGUGGCCUUUUAAGGUGACUAUGUUAGGAAAGUCCCUAUUUGAUUCUGAAUUGAUCCUGUGA